AUGUGUUGCCAGUCCCCUGAAAAAUCUUUCUUUCUUUCUUUCUUUCUUUCUUUCUUUCUUUCUUUCUUUCUUUCUUUCUUUCUUUCUUUCUCAGUCUGUAUAUUCUUUCUUUCAAUCUCAGUCUGUUUCAUUCAUUCAUUCUUUAUUUAUCAAUCUUUCUGUCUUUCUUUCUCAAUCUGUUUCUUUCUUUCUUUCUUUCUUUCUUUCUUUCUUUCUUUCUUUCUUUCUUUCUUUCUUUGUCUUUUUUUCUUUUCACAUUGUCAUUUCGUUAUCUUUCUGUUUUUGCUUAAUCGUUUAAUUCAUUAUUUCGCCAAUUUUCUCGAUUUUUUUCUUACUUCAUUGUUAUAUGUCUCUUUGUCCUUUCUUUGUUUCUUUCUUUCUUUCUUUCUCAGGUCCUUUUCUUUCCGUUUUCUUUCUGUUCUUUUUUUCCCUUUCAAUUUCUGUUCUUUUUCUUUGUUUCUUUCUUCUUGGCGUCGAUCUUUAUUUUCUUUCGCAGAAUUUUGCCCCGAUUCUGUACUUCCUCUUUCAUCCAUUUCUCGUACUCUUUCAAUUAUCUUUCUGUUAAAUGACUUUCUCUUCAACUAUUUCCAGAACAUUACGCUUUUCCUAUUCUCAUCCACAGUUUACUUCAUUGUUCCCGCCCAUUUCUUCCUCUUUUCUACGGUUUUUUUUACCACUCCUCUCACACUCCCUUUUCGUAUCCAGCGAAAAUCGUAA